AUGCACCCGCUGCAGCGGCGGCCUUCCAACGCCGCCCCUGCCAAGCUACCUUCCAUUCUCUACCGCAGCCCAGACGGCGCCACUGUCAUCCUCGACAUUCCCCGUUCGCUCGAGGAGAGCCAGGUAUGCGCCGGCGAGGAGCACUCUGCGCGAUGCCGCAUCUACUCUUCACCGGCCCCCACGACGCCGUUUGCGACGCCGGAGCCGGCCAACGGCCAAGGUCCUGAUGCCACUGCCUCGCCAGCAGCGCAGAUUGCCACCUUGAUGACGGCCGAGACUCUUCGCAGCGUACUGGAGGCCCUCGCGCAGGAACAUACAGGCGCGUAUUGCCUGCCGCGACAGAUACCCCCAGAGUUGCCAUCCUCGCCGCCGCCACAAACCGUCGACUCUGAACCCUACAUCCCACCAGAGGCAGCCCUUCUUCACGGAUCCAUACAGAACUUGGCGCAAUCCUUUGCCCAGCGCGCGCCCAAAUUCCACCUCAUCGUCAUGGAUCCCCCGUGGCCGAACCGCUCCGUCCGGCGCACCACCUCUGCCCGCUACAAGACGGCCGGCUCGCUUUCUGAGCUCGGCGACACCCUCCGCGCCAUCCCCGUCCGCGCACACCUCCACGAUGACGGCCUGGUUGCCGUGUGGAUCACCAACAAGCCUCGUAUCGUAGACUGGCUCGCCGGCCUCCUGGCGGAAUGGCGGCUCGAGGUUGUCGCGGAGUGGACGUGGCUCAAGGUCACAGCCGGCGGGGAGCCGCUGUUCCCGCUCGACUCGGCCUGGCGGAAGCCCUGGGAGAAGCUGGUCGUAGCGAAGCGCGUAGGUGUCCCGGAUCUCGGACUGCUGGCCUCGAGGACCAUCGUCGCCGUGCCCGACGUGCACUCGCGCAAGCCGAACCUCAGAGGCCUCUUUGGGGAGGUCUUUGGUCCGGGAUACACGGGCCUCGAGGUGUUUGCGCGAGGCCUCACGGCUGGCUGGUGGAGCUGGGGAGACGAGGUGCUCAAGUUUCAGCAGCCGCAGCAUUGGCACACCAAGCAGAAUUAG